GCCACUAGCCAUCGCACACCUUGACAAUUUGUUAGUUUGUUUCGUGGUCGCAUCGGUUUUGGUGGUGUUGUGAAAAUGGCUCCUCAAAUUAAAUAUACUAAGUUGUUCAUCGACAAUGAGUGGGUGGACGCCAAGAGCGGCAAAACCUUCGAGACGCGGACCCCCAGUACCGGCUCCGUCAUCGCCAAGGUGGCCGAAGGUGAUAAGGCCGACAUUGACCUAGCAGUAGCGGCUGCCAAGCGUGCCUUCCACCGCAACUCAGAAUGGAGGCUCAUGGACGCCUCCCAAAGAGGCAGGAUCCUCAACAAGUUCGCUGACCUCAUCGAGAGAGACGCACAGUACUUGGCUGAGUUGGAGUCAGCUGACAACGGCAUGGUCCUCACCACCGCUGUAGCUUUAAUGUCCAGCGCUGUCAAAAGCGUCAGAUACGUCGCCAGUCUGGCUGAUAAGAUCCAAGGAGAUACCAUUCCUACUGACGGAAACACCAUGACCUACACCUUGAAGCAACCAGUCGGCGUCUGCGGCCUCAUCUUGCCGUGGAACGUGCCUAUUCUGAUGUUCAUUAACAAAGUCACUACAGCCCUGACUGCAGGUUGCACUGUCGUCGUCAAGCCCGCUGAACAGACUCCUCUCACCGCCCUGGCAUUGGCUGCUUUGCUGGUUGAAGCUGGAGUGCCCAAAGGCGUCGUCAACGUGGUGAAUGGCUUCGGACCAGGCGCUGGGGUUGCCCUAACACACCACAAUGACGUCGCGAAGAUUUCCUUCACUGGGUCUGUUGAGGUCGGCAAGCUGAUUCAACAAGCAGCGGGCAAGAACAACUUGAAGCGUGUCACACUCGAGCUCGGCGGCAAGAGUCCGCUGAUCAUCAUGAAUGACGCUGACUUGAACAUUGCCGUGCCCUACGCCGCAAACGCCGUAUUCUUCCACCAAGGGCAGAUCUGUAUUGCGGCGUCCCGUCUGUUUGUACAGUCCGGUAUUUACGACAAGUUCGUAGAGGCAGCCACUAAUUAUGCCAAGUCCAUCAAGGUCGGAAACCCCGCUGAUGCUUCCACACAGAACGGACCACAGAUCGACGAGGAAAUGAUGGAAAAGGUCCUAAAAUACAUCGAGACUGGCGAGAAGGAAGGCGCCAAGCUGAUGGUUGGCGGCAAGCGCGUGGGCAGCUCGGGCUACUACAUCCAGCCCACGGUCUUUGCUGACGUGAAAGAUGACAUGACCAUCGCUAAGGAGGAGAUCUUCGGCCCCGUCCAAAGCAUCCUCAAGUUCGAGACCCUGGAGGAGGUCAUCGACCGCGCCAACGAUACCAGCUACGGUCUCGCAGCUGGUAUCUUCACCACAAACUUGGACAACGCGCUGCAGUACACCAGGCAUGUCGAAGCUGGAACUGUCUGGGUAAACGCAUAUUUGGUUGGAGGCGUCCAGUCUCCCUUCGGUGGAUUCAAGGAUUCGGGCAUUGGACGUGAAAAUGGCAUGAACUGCGUGGACUCGUACUUAGAAGUUAAAACCGUUGUGAUGUCACUACCGAAGAAAUUCUAGAUGACGUCAUCAUUUCUCCAUUUUUUUGACUGAUUAGGUAACCUAAAGGAUUGUAGGUACGAGUAUUAUUUUUUGUAAAUAAAAUGUCUAACCGUUUUUUGUUAGAGUGGAUAA